AUUUUUAGGCACCACAUCGCAGAGAAAGAUCAUUUAUCAUCAUGUCGGUUUCGGAUCUGAUCGGGGCACUCGAUGCCAUUCCCAAGCUUAGCGCUGCAGCAGCUCCCGCAGCUUCCAACUCCAAUUCGGUUUUCAUGGAUGCCCCCGAUUGGCUGACGGAGACCUACAUGCAGGAUGCUCUGAGAGACUUCUAUGGCGAUCAGCGGAUCAAGAUUACCUGCCUGCAGGUCCAUCCCGCCCUGGGAAAGGGGGAAAACUAUGGCGGAGUGUUGACACGUGUGAAGGCGCAGUUCACGAGACGCGACGGCACCUGCCAGAUCGGUCACUACAUUGUGAAGUCCACCUUCGAGAGCGACGAGUUUGCCCGGAAUGCCAUGGAGCCGUACGACAUCUUCAAUCGCGAGAUGAACAUCUACGAGGAGGUUCUGCCCAAGUUGAAGGCCCUGCUCCACGAGAUCGGGGAUGGGGAGGAGAUCUUUGCAGAGACCAUGACCGUGGACUACGAUCGUUCGGUGCUGAUCUUCGAGGAUCUCAGUGCGCGGGAAUUUGUGAUGCCCGAUCGGCUCACCGGACUCGAUCUGAAGCUGGCGCGACUUGUCCUACGGAAGUUGGCCAAGAUGCAUGCCACAUCGGCGGUGUUGAACGAGCGCGAGGAUCGUGCCUUGGAGAGCUAUGAUCGGGGCAUGUUUAACCGUCACACGGAUAACUAUGCUCCCUGCUUUCUGGGCAUGCUGCAGGCUGCCAGUCGUCGGGUGGCUCAGUGGCCAGGAUAUGAGCUGUAUGCCGAGAAACUGGAGGCCUUGUUGCCCGUCUACAUGGAGCUGGGCAAACGCGUCUUCGAUGUGUGUCCCGGCCAGAUCAAUGUCCUGGCCCACGGCGAUCUGUGGACCAACAAUGUCCUGGUCAAGUAUGACAAGGAGACGGGCGAAGCGGAGAAUGUGAUCAUCAUUGACUUCCAAUAUGCCGCCUGGGGCUCGCCAGCCAUUGAUCUUUUCUACUUCCUGAACUCCUCGCUGGAGUUUGAUCUGCAUCUGAACAACCAGGAGGAGCUUAUCCACUACUACUUCAACAUCUUCUCGGAUACACUGCGGAAGCUGCGUUUCAAGGCUGCCAUACCCAGCAUGCAUCAGUUUCAUCAGCAGAUACAACAAAAGGCCUUCUAUGGCAUGCACACCACCAUCUCCAUCUUUCCUAUUCAGCGGAAUGUGGAGACUGCCGAUGCAGAUUUUAAUGCCUUGAUGCAGAGCAAUCAGCGGGCGAUCAACUUCAAGAAUGCCUGCUAUGGCAAUCCUGCUAGUCAGCGGAUAAUGCGACAACUUCUGCCCAAGUUCGAGCAGGAGGGCUUGCUCGAUGCGGAUCAAUGAUCGAGAAAGUGAUGCUUAAAACUGUGUUAAACUGUAUAUACAAAUUAGACAAAUCUUUUA